AUGACUGUGAAUCUUAACUUCUUAAAGAACUACUGCGUAGGCCACAACCCAAUUACCACAUGUUGUAAUGUCAAUGCACUUACAAUCAUUUUUACCAUAAUAUUUGUCUACAUUGCAUACGAGCCCCACUACACCGGGGAUCGUCUUAGUGUUAAAAGAUAUCAGUACAUACCAAGAGUUAUCACAACCAAAAAUGUUGCCAACGCAACGUCUACUGCUAUUAGUAAUAGAGCUGGUAAUAAUAAUGCAGAAGUUCCACAGGGAUUGAACGUGCCAAAUGAAAAUGAUGUAGAUCAACUCAGAAUGUUACCUAAUGAUCCUGCUCACCCGCAAGAUAAUGUCGAGCAAAGUGAAAAUUCUCAAGUACACCAUGAUGCUGACUUACAUGAACCAGAAACUGGUGUUGCUGCACCAAGAUUUAAUGCUUUUCCACUAACCGAUGAUACUAUAACUACCACAGAACAUGUUGAAACUACUGAAUAUGCUAUUACCAAAGAAAAGGCAACUAAGUAUGGUUGGCUAGCUGGCAAUUUCUUUUUCUGUCUUUAUGUUUUGAGAAGAGUGGCACCUUGGGGAUUCAUGAUUGCUUGCGUUAUUGGCUCAUACAUGAAGUUAGUCAAGUCCUUGAUCCGAUCGAUCAUUGCAUCACCAAAACAGCUUCAUUAUGAUUCAAAUUUAAACUUGUACUUGGACUUGGCAUACAUUACACCACAAUUGAUAGUUUCAUCAGCACCAACAACAACUUACCUUGAGUCGUGGUACAGAUAUCCCCUUGAUGAUUUACUUAAUUACUUAGAAACAAAUCACAACCUGCAUUGGCACUUGUUCAAUUUCCGAGGCGAGGAUCCUGGUUACAAGGAUGAGGAAGUACAAUUCAAAGUCAGUCAUUACCCUUUUCCUGAUCAUUACCCACCACCUAUUCGCUAUAUGAUUGAUGCAACAGAUGAAAUUGAUCGAUUUCUAAGUCAAACUGAUGAAAAUGUGGCUGUAUUGCAUUGCAAAGCAGGCAAGGGAAGACUGGGCACCUUGGGCUGUGCUUAUUUAAUGCUAUCGGGAGUAAAGCACGGACACAGUAUGGAUGUUGAUAGUGUCAUUGGUGCAUAUACUGAAAGAAGGAUGCGAAGGUUUGGCGGUGAUGGAGUCAGCAUAGUGAGCCAAAAGAGGUAUUUACGAUAUUGGGGUCAGUAUUUGCAAUCUGAUGAGUUGAAACAACAAUAUUCGCAAUGGAGUAACAACCACGAAAAGCUUUUGAUUGACAAAAUCAUAUUUCGCAAUUGCAUAAAAAAGGAGCUUCCUCUCAGUAUAUCUCAGUACAAGGCAGUACAAGAAAGUAAUAGAGAGAAUACCGUUGUUGAAACUCUUAUUCCCCACGUCUCCAGCGACGUUGCUAAUUUUAAGCGAGAAGGAAAAGAUUUAGUUUGCCAGUUUCGAGAUCCCGUUUAUGUCGAUGAAGAUAUCAUGAUUGGUAUUGGGGGCUUUAGCUACUUGUGGUUCAACACAUUCUUUGAACAUAUUAGCACCAUAAAAACAUCAUGUUCUUUCCCGUGGGAGGGAAUUGAUGGAUUCAAAGGUACUAAACAGCAAGGUUUUAGAUUUUUUGAUAGAGUAGAGUUUUAUUUUUCAGUAUAUUAA